UCAGACAUCACUGCCGGAACGGCCCAGGUGCUCCCAUCCGUCUCUCGCUCCCCCGCCGCCGAGCUUCUGCACCGCACCGGAUCGACCAUCGCCGCCGGUCAGGACCGAGGGCCCCACUGAUGGCGGAGGAAGCUGCUGCGUCCCUGGAGGAACAGCCACUCCACAAACCCUCCUCCCUGCGGGAAGCCGCCGUCGACGACGAGACCCGCGCCCUCGUCGUACCUGACGCCGCCGACCUCCUGCCGUCUCCCCCGUCAGCCGUCGAGGCUAACUUUGCGCGCUACUUCAUCGCAGAUUUUCUGAAUCCCGGGUAUGAUCAGUAUGUGUAUCGUCAUCCAAACGGAUUGUGUGUGGUUGGUUUAGCUCCAGCCCAUGUUGUGUUUAAAGAGGAAGGAGCAAUAACUGCUGUUGACUUCAAUGUUGGCAAGUCAGAUCGCAGUGAGAUGAAAGUCACGGGAAAACGCAAAAGGAAUGCACAACACUUGCAAGAAAAUUCAGCGUUGUGCAAAGUUUGUGUAAAUGAUAAAUCUUUUAUCGUGAGAUGCUGUGUGAAAGGCUCACUUCUGGAGAUCAAUGAAAGAUUGAUCAAACAACCAGAUCUUCUAAAUACCGCUGCUGAUAGGGAAGGAUAUAUAGCAAUCUUCCAGCCCAAACCAGCUGACUGGCUCAAAAUUAAGGAUAAAUUUCUUAGUUAUGAGGACUACAAGAACUUGAGAGGAGUAUGCUGACACCCAAAAGAAGAUGUUUUGAACAUUGAAGCCGCCUCUUAGGUAUGAGUAUUACUCAACCAUUGGUGUGAUGAUAUCUUUACUGCUCCAGAUAUUUGCAGUUCGAUAGAAGCUUCAUCAAUCAAUCACAUAGCUACUGCUGGGCAAACAUGUGAACUGGACUCACCUUAACCUCGUGUACUGGACUGGACUCAUGCAGUCAUACUAAGUUCUGAGGCGAUGAAUGAAUGCCUGCUUAUAUGAUGCUGAGGUCAUGACGAUGUUUGCUUUGUUUAUUCUGUCAGAAAAUUGGUGUGCGAGGACUAAUUCAUUUGUGGCUAGGCAUUACUCCCAAUGUAAUAACCGAUGAACUGGGAUCCAAUUUAUCGAACUUUUUGUUCUCCAGAUUUAAGUUA